AUGUCCGAGGAGAUCAAAGUCGACCGUGUCGCCUUCACGCGGCGCGCAAAGCAGCUGCUCGCGCGCUUCAAGGCCGAUGCGGGCCCGGCGGACGAGACAUUCGCCAACGCAGACUCGGUCGCGAUUCUGAUGGGCGGCCAGAACCAAGACGUGGCGUACAGCAAGACGCAGGCGCUGCACACCUGGCUGCUCGGCUACGAGUUCCCCUCCACCCUGAUCCUCUUCGACGCCAAGGGCCUGCUGUUCGUCUCCUCAGAAAGCAAGACCAAGUACAUCGAGGGCCUGCACUCGAGCGACGUGGAAGUCAAGGUGCUGAAGCGCACCAAGGACGAGGCGCACAACGCACGUGUCUGGGAGGAGGUGCUGGACCGGCUAGAGGGCAACGGGAAGCGCGUGGGCGUAUUCCCCAAGGAGAAGCCGAUUGGCAAGGUGGCAGUGGAGUGGCAGGCUGCGCUGCAGAAGCGCAUCGAUGCGCAGAAGCUGGAGACGGUCGACGCCUCGACGCCUUUCAGUGUGGCGGUGGCGAGCAAGGACGAGGACGAGCUCAAACUCACCCGCACGGCGGCCAAGCUCAGCACGGGCAUCAUCACCCGAUACUUCGUCGACGAAAUGAGCAGCGUGCUCGACGAGGGAAAGAAAGUGACGCACGAGAAGCUGGCGGCGAAGGUGGAGGAUCAGCUGGAGAACCGGGCGUUCUGGAAGAAGGUCAAGGGUGCCGAGGGCGUCGACAUCACGCUGGCCGACUUUUGCUACUCGCCGAUCAUCCAGUCGGGCGGCGACUAUGACCUGCGCACGUCGGCGCAGUCGAACGAUGCGCGCCUCGAGGGCGCCGACGGCGGCGGUGUGAUCCUCGCGAGCAUGGGCAUGAAGUACAAGAGCUACUGCUCCAACAUCGGCCGCAGCUACCUUGUUGACCCGCACAAGUCGCAAGCGAAGAACCUCGCGCUGCUGCUCGAGCUGCAGACGGAGAUUGUGGAGAAGUAUCUGCGUGCGGGCGCGACGUGCCGUGAUGUGUACGAGCAGGCGCAGAAGUUUGUGGCGGCGAAGAACAGCUCGCUGGCGCAGCGGCUCGUCAAGAACAUCGGCUUCGCCACGGGCAUUGAGUUCCGCGACGGCAGCUACACGCUCUCGGCAAAGAACAGCCGCGCCAUCCGCAAGGACAUGGCCUUCAACCUGUCGCUCGGCUUUGACGGCAUCGACGACCCAAACAAUGAGGGCAAGACGUACUCGCUGCUUCUCAUCGACACUGUGCGCGUCAGCGACGGGCCGGCGUCGUACCUGACCGACCGGCUGAAGUCGGCGACCGACUGCAUCUUCUACAAGGACGACGACGAUGAGGAGGAGGACGCCGGCAAGAAGGCGUCGCCGAAGAAGAAGGCCGAGCCGGCCAACGUCACCGCUGGCGGCAAGGUGCUGCGCAACAAGUCGCGCAAGGACGCCAUGGACGCAACGACGGCCAACAAGAUCCGCGAGCACCAGCGCGACCUGGCGCAGCAGAAGCAGGAGGACGGCUUGGCGCGCUUUGCUGACGCUGAUGGCGCCGACGGCGGGCAGGCGGGCAAGACGUUCAAGAAGUUCGAGUCGUACAAGCGCAUCGUCGACUUCCCGUCCAAGACGCAGGACCUGCGGAUCUUCGUCGACCAGCGCGCACAGACCGUCUUCCUGCCGAUCUACGGCUACGCGGUGCCGUUCCACAUCAACACGAUCAAGAACGUCUCCAAGUCGGAGGAGGGCGACGUGACGUAUCUGCGCUUCAACUUUGUCACGCCGGGCCAGAUCGUCGGCAAGAAGGAGGACGUGCCGUUCGAGGACCCGGACGCGACGUUCGUGCGCAGCAUGAGCUUCCGCAGCGACAGCAGCACGCACUUUGCCGAGCUCUUCCGCGAGAUCUCGGACCUGCGCAAGGAGGCGACGAAGCGCGAGACGGAGAAGAAGGAGAUGGCCGACGUCGUGGAGCAGGACAAGCUCGUGCUCGCCAAGGGCCGCACGCAGAUGCUGCGCGACGUGUACCCGCGGCCCGUGCUCGAGGGCAAGCGGCUGCCCGGCGACGUCGAGAUCCACCAGAACGGCCUGCGCUACACGGCGCGCAACAACCAGAGCAUCGACGUGCUCUUCAACAACAUGAAGCACCUCUUCUUCCAGCCGUGCGACAAGGAGCUCGUCGUGCUCGUGCACAUCCACCUCAAGGCGCCCAUCCUCGUGGGCAAGAAGAAGACGAAGGACGUGCAGUUCUACCGCGAGGCGUCGGACGUCAACUUCGACGAGACGGGCGCGCGCAAGCGCAAGACGCGCGGCGGCGACGAGGACGAGAUCGAGCUCGAGCAGGAGGAGCGGCGGCGGCGCUCGGCGCUGAACAAAGAGUUCAAGGGCUUUGCGCAGAAGAUUGCCGAUGCGAGCGACGGGCGCGUGACCGUCGACAUUCCCUUCCGCGAGCUCGGCUUCAACGGCGUGGGCCACCGGACAAACGUGCUGCUGCAGCCGACGACGGACUGUCUCGUGUACCUCACCGACCCGCCGUUCACCGUCAUCACGCUGUCCGAGGUCGAGAUCGUGCACCUCGAGCGUGUCACGCUGAGCACAAGCACCUCGUCGUCGUUCGACGUCGUCUUCGUCUUCUCCGACUUCAGCCAGGUGCCGCUCGUCAUCCGCAGCGUGCCCAUUGCGUCGUUGGACCACGUGCGCGAGUGGCUCGACUCCGUGGACAUCUGCGUCACCGACGGCGCCGUCAACUUGAACUGGGGCCAGAUCAUGAAGACGAUUCGCGAGGAUCCUUACGCCUUCUUCGUGGACGGCGGCUUCUCUUUCCUCAAGAGCAGCGACAGCGACUCGGACGCCUCGGACAGCGAGAGCGGCAGCGACUUUGGCAACGAGGUCGAGAGCGACGUCAUGUUCGAGGACGAGACAGACGACGACGGCUCGUCGUUCGGCGACUCGGAGGAGGACGACUCAGGGCAGAGCGAGCCGGUGAGUGACAGUGACGUGGCAGUGUGGUUCGCGAUCUGA